AUGCUCGACCACUGCUCCAUCUCCCACAAGGGCGGAGUCAUCCUCUGGUCCCGCUCUUUCACCCCCGCAGCAUCACAUGCAGCCGCCUCCGCCGCGUCCCCCGUCAACUCCCUCAUCCGCGACGCCCUCAUCGACGGCCGGAACUCGGACGAAACAUACGAGAAGGACGGAUACGCCGUUAAAUGGUCCUUCGUCAACGACCUUGAAUUGAUCUUUGUCGUGGCAUACCAACGCAUUCUGCAACUGACAUACGUCGAUGAGCUCCUCGCUGCAUUGAAGACCCUCUUUGUCAAGCUGUUCGAACCUUUCCUGGCCUCCUUCGUUGCCUCGCUCCAUGCUGUCAGCACCGCCAAGCUCUCCUCUUCCAGCCCCAUACAGCCCGCAGCGACCUGGAAUUUUGCACAAGCAUUCGCGGACUGGGACGCCAUCUUCGACAAGCUGCUUAGAGGUCUAGAAGACAAGGCUGCCCAGGUUCGUCAGGAUCGGAGAGGCCGUGCCACCCACGCGCCUCGGGCGGUCAUCGAGUCCAGUCCGCCGUCGGACGACUUCAGCACUGUACCCUCGCAGUCGAGCUCGGUCGCCGUCGACGCAGAGCAGAUAGCGCGGAACGUGCAGGCGCUCAAGAACCGCCUCCGUGGGCGGGGCGGCCGCGGAGGCAAGCGUGGGGCGGGCCGGUCGGACGCAGACAGCGGGCGAGACAGUCUCCCCGGCUCUGACUCCGAGACGCCUACGAAGCGCAAGCCAAAGGGAAAGGUGCAGCGUAAGUGGGGUGAUGAAGCGCCUUCUGAGUCGGACAUGGCCUCGCUUGACUUUAGCUACGAAAAGGUCGGCGCGGGCGGGCAGCCUGCCGCGGCGGACCUCUCCGCGCUCGUCGACGCGGGCUCCCUCGGCACGCGCACGCAGGACGGGCUGUAUGAGGUGAAGGACUGGGAGUUCGCCAGUGCCAGCGCGAAAGCGGACGACGCGCUCGCGCAGGUGCUGCGCGGCAGCCCGGCGGCGACCAGCAGCAGCGGAAGCUCGCUCGGCGCGCUGGGCAGCCUGUUCGCGCGCCUGACGGGCAGCAAGGUGCUGACGGAAGACGACCUGCGGCCCGUGCUGGAGGGCAUGAAGCAGCACCUGAUGAAGAAGAACGUCGCGAAGGAGAUCUCGGAGAAGGUCUGCGAGAGCGUCGGCGAGGGCCUCGUCGGCAAGAAAGUGGGCGGGUUCCAGACCACGAAUGCCGCGGUGCGCCUCGCGCUGUCGAAUGCGCUGACGCGUAUCCUGACGCCGAAGACGUCGACGGACCUCCUGCUGUCUAUCCGCACGAAGCUGUCGUCGCCGCUGCCGUCGUCGCAGCAGCGCCUGCCGUAUAGCAUCACGUUCGUGGGCGUGAACGGUGUCGGGAAGAGCACGAACCUCUCAAAGGUGUGCUUCUGGCUCAUCCAGAAUGGGCUGCGCGUCCUCAUCGCGGCGUGCGACACCUUCCGGAGUGGCGCGGUGGAACAGCUGCGUGUGCAUGUCCGCAACUUGAGCAUGCUCGGGAUCAACGGCGCCACGGACAGUAAAGGCAGAGUGGAGCUAUACGAACGCGGAUAUGGCAAGGAUGCUGCUGGCAUUGCUAAGGAGGCGAUUGCAUAUGGCCGGGACAACGACUUCGACGUUGUGCUCAUCGACACAGCGGGCCGCAUGCAGGAUAAUGAGCCCCUCAUGCGCGCACUGGCCAAGCUCGUCGCCGUCAACACCCCAGACAAGAUCAUCUUUGUCGGCGAGGCGCUAGUCGGCAACGAGGCCGUCGACCAGCUCACCAAAUUCGACCGUGCGCUGCGCGACUUCUCCGCGUCCUCGGGCGGGAAGGAGCGCGGCAUCGACGGGAUGCUCGUCACGAAGUGGGACACGGUCGACGACAAGGUGGGCGCAGCGCUGUCGAUGACAUACGUGACAGGACAACCUAUCAUAUUCGUUGGUUGCGGACAGACGUACACCGACCUGAGGCAACUCAGGGUGGCGAAUGUCGUGCAGGCCAUCCUCGGUGAUUGA